UUUCAGAUCGCUUGGCUCCGGCCGAGCGACGACGAUCUUGUGCAACCAACAGAGAAAGGAGGAAGCCGAAUCGAAGGGGAGCGAUCGACACAGGACUGUCGGUGGCUGCGGCGGCGGCGGCGGUUCCUUCAAACACUUUGAGGCGCCUAAUCGCUGUAAAACUGUCAUAUCAUUCGCGAACGGUUUUCUGAUAGAGGAAACGACACGAUAUAAUUGCCUGGCCGCGUCAGGUAUACGGUUCAGUCUUUGUCGCGGAUUCGACGAAUAAUGAAAACCUCCCGGAAGCCGGUAGCCAUGGUGCUACUAUUGCUAAUACACCUGCUGACGUUACAAAUCGGUAACGCGGGACGCAACCACACGAACGUUUUAAGCGCUCACCCUAAAAUUGUUCUGGAGGAGGUGACUGUUACCGGAAGUGGAAACAACACCCGCGUAGUCGCAAACGCAGUAGCGGAAGACGUGUCGAAGCUCGACGAUGAAAUUCGCUCGCUUCUGUCUAAGCGCGAGAUACGAAAGGGUUUACAUUCGACGACGACGAAUCUAGUUCCGAUUGAUCAGGAUGCGGCGCAAUCCCGGGCAACGAUCGUCAAUACGAACGAGGAGGAUGACAUCGAAGAUUUGGAAAUAAUGAGUCGUGUGGUGGAGAAGUACGAGCCGCAGAGACUCACGUCGAGGAAGACUAAGAGGAAAAUCGUUGACGGCUCGAACGGCACUCACAAUGUCCACGGUAAAGUAGGAGGUCCAAUAACGGAACUCGAGAAAGCUUACGCCGAGGUGUUACGAAACAUAUCGCGGAAGGCGCCUGAAUUGUCGUUGAACAACGCCGACGUGACCCGGAAUCCCUAUUUAUCCCAGGCAGUGAAGCAGCUCAAGCAAGUUUACAUUCCGAAAGUGACGAACCGCCCACCGACUAACGAUGGAACGGUGCAGUUGCAUUCCGACAUUGAUUUUUCCUUCACGUCGCCCGCUCUGAAGAGCAAGAAGUCGAGAAAAUUACUUAAGAAAUAUCAUCAGUUAAAUCAUACCUCUACAACUCCUCGAUUCUCGUCGGCGGAAGAAUCAAGGUCUGACGAGGAAACUGCCGACAGUUCCAACGAAUCGAGCACGCCCGCGGGAUAUCUUAAUGUGCCCGGCGGAAAGACAAAGUUGAAAUACGGAUCGUCUGUACCAACGUCAAGUUCCGAUCCAGCGAAAAAAAUUAAAAGUCCCAAAUGGAAUACUCAGGACUUUUCGAUUCAAGUUACAUCUCCGUUUACUUUACGUUUGAAUAACACUAACAGCAACUUUAAUGUAAACAAUUUGAAAAAUUCGAACGUCACGAGUGAGGCGAACGUCGUUCAGCUACCGCCGAGUAGCUAUAACGUAGUGCCGAGGCCAUUUUCCAUAUCGCCGUCAGCCAAUUCGUUCGUCACCGCAAAUAUUGACGCGUUAUACAGAAAACCGGGCGCCACGCCGACGGGUUUCGGCCAGCAGCAACAGAUCGCCCGUUCCUCCGCAAACGUUCUGCCGCUGGUUCUUCCGACGGAGCUCUUCAGUUCACCCCCGCGCCGUUAUAUCCCUAUAAAGCGCGCGAAACAUCUCAAUCUUGAGGGAAAUACAGCGACGGUCGUCAGCACCGAAGCGAAUUCACCCACGGGUCCCGUAGGGAAAAGAACUACUUUGGAUUACGACGCCCUUUAUACAGCCGUAAUUGGCACCACGAGAAGUCCUUUGGCCGCCGUCAACGGCCAGGGAAGUCCGUCAGAUUAUUACGCCGUUACAGAGAGCCCUGCGGAGACGACUGUUACGAGGACGAGCCUCGCGACAACUUACGUACCCAGUCAAAUAUCCGCCUCGUACACCGUACAGCGGCAGAAGCCCCUGUCUCAAGCCGCACGCAAGAAGGAUUUCCUACCCAUAGUCGCCACUUACGACGAUCCCAAUGACGAGAAAUCAAGUUUAAGCGAGAAUUCUGGAAUCGCGCUUUACAAUAAAUUCGCGGGCUUGUAUUCAACUAACAUCCCUAACGCGCAAAAAGCAAUUACGCAAGACUUCCAGCAGCCCUCGCAACAGCAAGCCUCCACCCUUCCUUACGCAACUUUAAAAUCUUUUACUUCCACGCUGCUGAAAGACCGGCCGACUGCCUCCUCUAAAGUUGAGCCGUAUUAUGAUAGCGGAUUACUCACUUCACAAGAUAUAGACGGAAAACCCAGCGAGAACAACGACGAAAACUUCGAGACGGACGGGCGAUCUCGCGUUAAAGACGCAGACGAGACUGCAGAAGAGGGUAAUGACGAUAAUGACAAUAACGACGAUAAUGACGAUGUCGAGAAUUACAAAACUCGAGCCAAUCAAGAAGCUUACAAGAAAGUUUAUAAGACGCCGAAUAAACACCGAGAAGAGGAGGAUCGCGUAGAAAAGGAGGAAGAUCGUUAUCCGCAGCAGAGCCGUAAUUAUGGCUAUCAAGAUAAACGUUACAAAUUUGAUGAAAAUGACCAAAGUAGCAAAGACGGUAGGCGCGCGAAACAGGAGAGCGUCCGGCAUGAGAAUGACGAUGAUGAAGAGGAAGUCGAUGAAACGAAGGAGGAAGCCGAUGAAACAAAAGAGGAAGCCGAUGAGGAGGAAUACGCCGGAAGUAACGUCGGAGAGAGUAAAGAUAGAGACAAUGAUGAUCAUCGUCGUCAAUACAAUAAGUAUGAAUACGACAGGGAUAAUUUUGAUGACCGGCAACGUGAGAAAUUAAGCUAUGAUCGUAAGAAAGAUAACAAAUCGAAGGAUCGUCGUGAUAAAGAUUAUGAGAGUGACGUUGACCGUAGAUUUGAAAGCAACAAAUAUUUUAGGACCACGAAAUCGUAUGAUGACGAUAAAACGCGUGAGCAGGAUAGAGAGUAUCACGAACGCUUUGGUAAAAAGAAGAAGUUAGAGAAUGAUAACAAGAAAGAUCGACGAGAUCGCAAGUAUCAAAAAUCCGAAGAUGGGAAUGUUGCCGAAGACAAACCACUUGCUCAACGAUCUUACAGACAGGACGAAAGAUACGAAGAGGAGCAAAACAAUGAUGAUAGUAAACGCAACUAUCGAAUAUCUCCGCGAAAAGACUCGCUUCGGGAAGAACACGAGGAGUACGACGAAUCCAAUCCCGCGCACGUACGUGAGGAAUAUCGUCAUCAGCAUGUCAGAGAUGAUCCUCGCGGUAUCGACUAUAGGGAAGAUAAGGAUAACGAUAAGGAGGAAGCGCACGGUGAUCACGUGCACGGCGAGACUCAAGAACACGCGCAUAAACACGAGGAACACGAAAAGAAGAAACAUGGGGGAAAUCAUAAAUUCGAAGAAGGUGGAGGUGCAGAACACGAAGAGGAACAUCAUGGUCACAAGGGAGAAAAAGGCGACAAGGGAUAUAAAGUUUGGCACGAACACGAGAAGGCCGAAAAGGGACAUCACGAUAAAGAGCAUGCCAGCAAAGAGUUCGAUGAAAAAGGUGGUGAAGAGAAGAAACAUGAUGAAGAUGGUGGAUACCACGAGGAACAUCAUCAUGAUGAAGGGGGUAAGAAGGUAGCAGAAUUUGGCGAGAAAGGCGAACACAAAAAGGGUCACAGUACGCAUGGCGAACAUUCGGUGCAUAAGAAGGACGAAUUCGAGAAGAAUACCGAGUUCUUCGACGAGUUCCACGAGGACGGUGGCGUGGAGAAGCACGGCGAGCACCAUCACGAUCACGAAUUGAAAAAGGGCGGUCACAAGAAGAAGGGACAUCACGACAGUGCGGAUCACGAAGAGAAGCACGGCAAGAAAGAAAAGCACGAGAAAGGCGGCCAUCAUCACGAGCACAAGGGCCACAAGGUCGACGAAGGUCACGAUCAUCAUUACGAUCACGAUCACAAGUAUGGCAAAAAGGAGGGGCGCGAGCAUGGAAAAAAGUGGAGCUACAAGAAGGGCGACGACGGCGGGGACGCGGGUGGCGGUCACAAGCAUCGUUGAGGCGAAAUAAGACGCUGUGAUCGCAGGGGGCGAGAGUAGUGUGACUUUGCGAUUCUCGCGAUCGUUGCCAAACUUUGAUAUCGCAGUACUUUCGAAAUAGAUUAAUAUUGCUUUGUUUAACGUUGAUAUCGAUCGCAUAUAAUCGACAUGUUAUAUAUUACUUUAGAGAGCGGUUUACCUGCUCGGUCGUUGUUGGUACCUAUAUCGAUCACCUACGCUUGAGAUAUGACAUAUUAUGCGCUUUAGCUUACGCUGUUAUAUCUAGCUCCGGUUAAGCAAGAGUAAACGUCACAGCGAGCAUUAAUUCAGGCGGAAGUAACCGAUUGUCUUUCGCGAAUUGAAUCUCUUGCAAAUCCGGAAAACUCGCACUAUCGAGUGUGUGCGGAUAAAUUAUUCUUUUUCUCUUCUUAUUUAAUGAAAAUUUACUCGUACAUCAUUCGAACGUCUUGCGACAUAGUAAAAGAAGAGCUGGUGGAACGAUUUGAAAGUUUGAAUUAAGAAAUUGUUAUCUAGCAAAUAAGAUUUUUAAUAUUAAUUUUUUGUACACUAUACCGUUUGUAACAUCGAGGACAUUUGUGGUUUUCUUACGCAUCUUACAAAAAGUUAAAAAAAUGUUUAAGAAAUUUAUAUAAAUCAAAACUAUUAGAACAAAUUU